GCGCAGAGCAGCGAAGACCCGGGGGCUCAUUCUGCGCAUGGAGAGCCGAGGGGAGGGACACGGGCCGGCGGGCGAGUCCAGCGAGAUGGCAGCGGCGCUGCGAGCCGCCAAACAAGCGCUGCGAGCGGAGCUGAAGCGGCGGCUGAGGGCGCUGAGCGAGGCGGAGAAGCAGCGCCAGUCCCGCCUGCUGAGCCGCAAGGUGAUUGGGCAUUCCAAGUACCAAGAGUCCCAAAGAAUUGCAAUCUUUCUGAGUAUGCAAGAUGAAAUUGAGACAGAAGAAAUCAUUAAGAAGGACAUAAUUUCAGAGAGGGAAGGAGUGUUUCAUUCCAACAGUACAAGCCCCGGGAGCAGUCACAUGGAUAGGUCAAGUAACAUCAGCUGAAAAAUUAUUCAACUUCC